CAAAGGCUAACCUUUAAACAGUCUGAACAGUGUCUUUGAGUAAGACUAUAAGUAAGAAUUGUUAGGAAAAGUAUUGUAAUAAAAUGACUGCAAUUUAUCGAUCAAUCACCAGAAUUGGUGAUAAAUUGGUUCCACAAAGUUUGCAGCCUAUGUGGAAUCAUCCUGCUGGUCCAAAGACUGUAUUUUUCUGGGCUCCGGCAUUUAAAUGGGGUCUUGUUAUAGCUGGAUUAGCUGAUCUCAGUCGUCCAGCUGAAAAAAUAAGUCUUGCUCAAUCUGCUUCAUUGACUGCUACCGGAGUAAUAUGGUCAAGAUAUUCACUUGUUAUUACACCCAAAAAUUGGAGUCUAUUUGGAGUUAAUGUUUGGGUAGCUCUUACAUCGGGUUAUCAAUGCUAUAGGGCUGUAAAUCAUCAAUAUUCAUCACAAGAAAAAGAUUCAAAAAGUGUCAACAUUAUUGCAGAUCAAGAGAAUGAUGCUGCUAAGUGAAAAGUGUUCCUCAAUUUUAUUUGUUAGUUUAUGUUUUAAACUGUUAUGAUCGUUGGGUUCUCAAUCAAAGAUUUAAUUUUAUUUACACUUGAUGUUAAAACUUCAGGUUGCUUGGUGGCCAAACUUGUAGAUCUUUGUUAUUUUGUGACAGUAAAUAUCAUUUCAAGAUAAAAUUUCCUUGUACAUUCCUUUCCCAAAGUAUUAAUAGCAUAUGCGUUUGAAUUCAGUGUAUUUUUUAUUCUAUAUAGCUUUUCUCAUUUGAUUUGAAUUUAUUAUCAGUAAGUGAAGCCUUUAUCCCAAAUCAGAUGACAAUCCGAAGCCAUUAAAUAAUCAUCAACGAAUCAUCAUCUUACUCAGGCUGAGAAGCUUUGAUCACAUCUAAUAUCCUCAAUAUCCAACACUAAAAGACAUACGCUAAGCAAAUUUAAGAGUGGCCAUUUAAGUACCAAUAACUAUAGAUCAAUUAUAAAAAUAAGUGCCAAUUGUGUGACGAAAAACGCAUUAAUGUACAUUAAUACAAAUGAGUCCUCAAGCGUUAGAUCAAAAAAAUAUCUGAUUAAAAAGUAUUGUAACUUUACUAAUAGAAAAAUUGAAUUGUAUUUAAUAAAACUUAAGUGAUAGUAAACAAA